CGGUGCUCCGUCCUCCACCACCUCCCAUCGCGAGGCUUGCCAUCGCGUGGAUAUAAAUACCCCGCCUGCCCUGCUCCCUCCGCCAUCUCCAUCCCACAGCUCCUCGUCCUCGCCCACUCUACUCGCCUUCUUCUCUCGCCAUGUCCUACCAGCAGCCCCAGGAAAACGAACGCGGCCUCUUCGGCAACAACCACCACCAGCAGCGCACCUGGGACAACCCUGCUUCCUGGAGCACUGGUGGCAAGAUCGUCGCCGGCGCUGCCGCCAUCGGCCUGGUCGCCUUUGGUGUCCACGAGUACCGUGAGCACGAGCGUCACCGCCAGGAGACCGCCUGGACCGCCAACUCUUGGCAGCAGGACUCCCAGAACCGCCGCCGUGCCCUCGAGGACGCCACCAACUCUGGCCAGGAGCUCCCUCCCGUCCACUGGGCCUACGCUGAGGGCGGCUAUGUCCCCAACAACGCCAUCCAGACCGGCAACGAGGCCGAUGGCACUCCCCUCUUCACCAUCCGUGCUUUCUACAACGACGGUGUCCACGUUGGCAAGCUGAGCCCCGCCACUGGUGCCUACAUCAGCUGGGGCGGUGAGGCCAUCCGUGUCCAGAACUACGAGGUCCUCGUCGGCUACCCCAACGCCGUCCGAUGGAUCCCUCACCGCAACACCCUCAACGCUCCUCACAACAACCACCCCGUCGAUGGUGGCCGUGAGGCCGAUGGCUCUCCCCUCUUCAUUGCCCGCACCCAGUACCAGGGCGGUGUCCAGCCCGGAAAGGCCGGCCCCACCAUUGGUGACGGUAUCGCCUUUGCCUACGACAGAUCCGAGGUCUACAACAACGAGUUCCAGUACCUCGCCCUUGCCAACUAAUUGUCUCGUCCUCCGCCGGUGUCUGCCCAAGUGCAGCGCCUCCCAGCAAAUAUGCCCACAAGCGCCACCGCGCUUGUUUUUGACAUGAUACUUGAGUAAUAUACUGUACAUAUAACAGCCA